AUGUUUGCCCAAAACGCCCAACCACCUUCGAUCUCCCGUCUCGAGUCCCUGCCGCCCGAGAUCCGGCGACACAUUCUGCUCACACUCGACCUCGAGGAGAUAUUCACCAUCAUCCAAGCUUCAGCUAUCUUCUACCAGCAAUACUUGCUAGACCGCACGACCAUUCUUCGCAGCAGCCUGCGGCGCACCCUGGGCGGCGCCGUCAUCGUUGCCCGCGCUCUCCAUCGGUUCAACCAUGUGCGGAUGUUGAAGAAGAGGGGGCCAGAGACGUACGAAGCACUGGACGACUUCCGUCACCUUUUGGACGCGAGCCACUCGCAACCUUCCACGGACACGCAGCUCACCGAUGAUGAAGUGCUUGAUAUGGUGGUCGAGUAUCACUCCCUCAUUCGACCCGUGGUCGAAAAGUACGUGGAAUGGGCCCUGGACGGCCUGGCUCGCGACACAGGGACGGUGGGGGAACCACGCUCUCCCAUAAGCCAAACCGAGCGGGUGCGCAUUCUUCGUGCAUUCUACCGAUUUCAACUGUAUUGUCGCAUGUUUGGAUCCCAAGACGACGCACCGAGCCGGGCAUACAGAACUUGGUACUUGGAAGGAGAUAUCAGGAUUAGUGACCUCCUGAAUACCUUGGUUCCCUGGGAAAUUGAGCAGUUGGUUAGCGUCAAUUACUUUGCCGCACUCAAAUACGAUCGCAUUUUUGACAGUAUCGAAUCGGACCUUCAUCCCGACCAUCCACGAUUUGCGGACCAGGUUCGACCCCCAACACCCGACGGCGCAUUUGAGUUGGACAACGUGGUGAAUCGUCAGUCCCUCCUCAUGGGCACCUCAUCCCGAGGCAUACCACUGUUACAUGAGAUUUUCUUCAAGGUUACCGAUCACGAAAGCCUGGUUGCCACCAUGCAAAAGGCCAUCUGCCUUCCGGCAGACUUGCGGCUGGAUGCUGACGAGUUCAGCUGCCUGGACCAGGCCGGCUGGGAAAGGUACCAGGACGAAGACGAGAAAGCGCAACUCAUCGGCACCCCCUUGCCGUUCCGAGGUGAUAGCGAGUCACACUUGGGCACUCAGGGUAAUUUCCCGCCGUUGGCCUGGACAUUGAUGUGGCAGGGAAAGUACAGUUUAUUGUUUGGCGAGUGUAUUCCGGACUGGACGCGGGAUGCUGCAUAUGUGAUGUGGGAUGCGGAGAGGAUUGAGAGCACUGGGGCGAGGGAUAAGCUGGAGAAGCUUGCACCGGAACUGAGCCUAGAUAUUUUUGACUACACAUGA